AUGUGCAAGAUGUUUGAUUCUGUACAAACACAAUUUGAUAUCAUUGGUUUGGAAAAUCUUGUCAUUGAGAAGAUAUAUGUUGGUGUCAAAUUUAUUGAACAAGUUUGGAAGGACGUUGAUGGUGUUUUGACUUGUGAUCCUAACAUCUACACAAAUGCGAAGCCUGUGCCGUAUUUGACAUUCGAAGAGGCAGCUAAACUUGCUUAUUUUGGUGAACAGAUUCGAAUCAGCAAAAAGAAUAAGAAAGAGAGCUACCAGGAAGAGUUAGAAGAGCAUAUUAUCUCACUUAUUGCAUCAUUAUUUGGUGGCAUUGUAAAAGGUUCAAGAAGGGAUAGAUUGUUGAGCAAAUUUGUGGAAAAUGAAUGUGAAAAAAUUGAUCGUCUGAUGGAACUUUACAUGAGUUCAGCUGCUGGGGUCUUUAAAAUAAUUCGCCCUGCGAUUGGAGAAGCAGUAAGAGAGAUGCCUUUAGCUGAGCUCAUGACUAAGUAUCGAAAGGUGUCCUCAAUCGAGAAAGCCAGCAAAGGUUGGCAAGAUGAGUAUGAGGUCUCUUCUAAGCAGUUCCACUUCUUGCCGGACCCACAAACCAUUUUUUUUAUUUGCUUACGAGUGGGCAACCGAGUGUCUCCCAUCGUGAAUCUUUACCUACUAGAGAAUCCACAUUAACCCAUUGGAAGGCCUCAAGGGCAUCCAUCCAU